CCUCAGGUGGAAUUCCUUGGCAGAGUAAUCUCCCAUGGAACAAUAGCUCUGUCUCCUGACCACCUCAAAGGCAUAAGUCGAGCACCGCGUCCACAGACAUGCGCGCAACUAAUGACCUUUUUAGGUAUCACAGGAUUCAGCGCGGAGUGGUUGGAGGACUACGCAGUAAAGACGGCGCCGCUCAGGGAACUCCUGAAGUCCUCUGAAGUCAAGACUUUAAAGAAGUCUUUGGAGUGGACCACAGAGGCACUGUUGGCUUUUGAUGUGCUCAAGCAGGAACUGCAAAAUGCCCCAGCGCUAAAAAUGCCAGAAUAUGACAAACUUUUCUAUCUCUACGUUUCAAACAGAUGCAACAUGUACGCAACGGCUGUAUUGGCACAAGACUCAUGUGCUGGUGGAAGGAAACAACCCAUCGCUUACUACAGUGCAAGGUUGGACGACGUAGCACGAGGGUGGCCCCCCUGCUACCAGGGCCUCGCAGCUGUUCACAUGGCGUAUGAAAAGGCGUCUGCAAUAACUAAGUCAUAUCCUGUGGUUAUUUACACCCAUCAUAAAAUCACAGAGUUGAUCAAUCACAACAAACUUGUUCUGACAACAGCACGUUGCCUUCAGUAUCUACCAUUGCUCACCUAUCCAGAUGUAACAAUUAAGAGAUGUGAGACCACAAAUCCUGCUAAUAUGUUACCUUUUGAAUUUGAAGGUGAUACACACGAGUGCGUCACUGAGACCACGAGGUACACAAAACUGAGACCGGACUUGGAAUCUGGGCCGUUGGACGACGCACAGGUCACGUACUAUGUGGAUGGGUCAUGCUUUCGAGACCACAUGGGAACUCACGCAGGCUACGCCGUGGUGCAACAAAAGGAAGGGACGUUCGUAACAGUAAAAGCUGAAAAAUGUUUACAACCUUGCCCUGCACAAUUAGCUGAAUUGUAUGGACUUACUGUAGCUUGUGAACUUGCUAAAGACUCCUCUGCUAAUAUUUACACAGAUUCAGCAUAUGCUCACGGAGUCUGUCACCUGUUUGGAGCAGUUUGGAAACUGCGCGGCUUUCAAAAAUCAGAUGGUAAACCUGUUCGGCAUGAAAGACAACUCCAUCACCACAAUGGGAAACAAUGCGGCAGACGAAGCUGCAAAGCAUGCUUCAGGUUGCAAGGUCGCCGUCUUGGCCCCAGCUGUGGAGUUGGAACCAUCUGUCACACCUGAUGAUAUCACAUUAAUGCAAGCGCGUGCUAGCGCGAGUGAACAAAACAUGUGGGAAAAAAGGGGUGCUACAAAAGAUGGGCGAGGGUUAUGGCGGUCACAUACCGGCCUGAUCGUCGCUCCAAUCUCACUUUUGUCUCUUUUAAUUCCAGAGUGUCACAAACCAGACCACUGUGGGCGAGAUGAGGUGAUACAUCGAAUACAACAACAGGGUUAUUGGGCGCCGUACCUGCAGGCACUGGUGACGGAUGCGCUUAAUCGGUGCGAGAUAUGCUCGCAAAAUAACAUUCGAAAAGGUAUUGUCACCCCCACAGCGCGAAUUCCUGUCCCGGAAGGCCCGUUUCGUCAUCUGAUUUUAGAUUUUGUGGACAUGUUGGUCCCGGUACACGGUAAGCGCUACCUUUUGGUGGUUUUUGAUCAUUUCAGUCGUUGGGUGGAG